AAAGGUUUGCCUUUAUAGAAGACAAGCACCGCAACAAGGGGAAGUGUGAAAAGGGAAAAGGAGCAGUGACCGGAUCGGAACAACGCGGUCACUCUCCUCUUUCCCCGAAAAAACGAUGUCGUUGCCGUAUCACCGGCGAUCUCAAUCGGAGGUCCAUUUCCGGAUCCCCGAUGACUUCGACCUCGAACUCGAUCCCUUCGAUGCCCCUCCCCUCCAUUUCCAAGAUCCCGCCCCGAACGACGACCUCUUCUCCGCUUACGUUGAUUCCGACAAAUCCGGAUCCAAACUCCAAUCGCCGCCACCCUCCGCCACCGCAGAGAGCAGCAAAACCGGUAGGCCCGGUCACCGCCGCAGCAAUUCGGCCGAUGCGUCUUCUUCGUUAUUGUCUGAGGGCAUUGAGGCUAAGAAGGCCAUGUCCCCUGAUAAGCUCGCUGAAUUGUGGACCGUUGAUCCCAAGCGAGCCAAGAGGAUUCUGGCCAACCGCCAAUCUGCCGCGCGCUCAAAAGAGAGGAAAGCUUGUUAUGUGUUGGAGCUUGAGAGAAAAAUUCAAACUCUUCAAACAGAAGCAACUACCCUUUCAGCUCAAUUAAAUCUUUUCCAGCGAGAUACAUCUGGUCUGACUACUGAAAAUACGGAGUUGAAGCUUCGGUUACAAGCCAUGGAGCAACAAGCUAAGUUAUGUGAUGCUCUAAAUGAAGCCCUGAAGAAAGAAGUUGAUAGGCUCAAGAUUGCUACUGGAGAGAUAGUAACUCAUGCUGAUACCUUUGGUUUGGGAAUGCAUCAACUUCCAUAUUCUCAAGCUUCGUUCUUCUCAUAUCAGCCACAACAUGGGCCAGGUGAACUUCAGGCCAUACAAAUGUCACAGUUGCAUUCACUUUCAUCUAAUGUGUCUACUCAAAAUCGGCCUCCGUUUGAUCUAGCCACUCCAUACGAUUUGUCAGAAAUGUUGUCAAAUGAUUCUAUUGGCCAAUUUCGGGGGCUGGACAUAGGACACAGGGUUUCUCAUGUUCUGAUACCUGAUGGUCCCUCCAUUCCUGUUAAUAAAAUCAACAAUGGCUUUUGAUGCAAAUUUGACUGACCUACAUGUCAUCACCCUGCUUACUGGAUUGUUCAUAGACUGACAUGAGUGAGACCUAAAGGUAUUGAUUUUUUGUUAUUCUAUUCAAUUCUGUAUUUGAUUAAAUUUCAUAUAUUUUGGUUGCUUGUUCAGGUAGCUCCUUUUUCUUUUCUUUUUUGUUAGACUUGAAUUAAUUUAUAGAGAUCAAAAUGCGAGAGGUUUUAUCAAGUUAUAUUAUCCAGUCUGGUUCUUUUUACAUAUUAUUUUAUUGCUGUGAGAAUUUGUACUUAUUUGCACCUUCUAUUCAAUAACCGUUUCUGUGUGUACACGUUUUUGCAC